UAAAUAUGCACGUCCUAGUAUGCAUGAUGCAACCUUGGCAAGACGUACAAAAGCAGGGGAUCAAACACUAGUACUUACCCAUGGAGGAGAAUCCUAAAGAGCUUCGAAAGGCGGUUUCGGAUGUGUCGCAAGAAAUUGAGAAAUAUUAUUCCUUGGAAUUGGAAAGAAAGUUUGAUGCAAUUGAAGAGGUAGAAGAAUGUGAAUGUGAAUGUUGUGGGCUGAAGGAGGAAUGUACAAGUAGUUAUAUGAGAGAAGUUGAAGAAAAUUAUUGUGGGAAAUGGGUUUGUGGGCUUUGUUGUGAAGCAGUUAAAGAAAGAGUUGGACCAAGUUCUAAAGUUACAAUUCAAGAUGCUUUGAAGUCCCAUAGGGAUUUUUGCCAGGAAUAUAAUGCCUCAAUAAGACUUAACCCCAAACUAUCUUUAACUCUGUCUAUGAGGGAAAUUGCUAAAAGAAAUUUAGAGAGAAGAAAGUGUAAGGGAUUGGGUAUAACUAAGCUUAGUAGGAGCACCACUUAUCCAUAAGAUUAGGUGUGUUUUUUUAAAUUAAAUGCAACUCUCUCCAACAAAUUGUUCCUUCUAUUACUUUUAUCAUAAAUCACUACUAAAAAACCAA